CGGAGCGAGGCGGCGGCGCGGCGCGGCGCAGGGCGCGGGGCGGCAUGGCCACCACCGCGCAGUACCUGCCGCGGGGCCCCGGCGGCGGAGCCGGGGGCACCGGGCCGCUCAUGCAUCCCGAUGCCGCGGCAGCGGCGGCGGCGGCGGCGGCGGCCGCCGAGCGGCUGCACGCGGGGGCCGCGUACCGCGAAGUGCAGAAGCUGAUGCACCACGAGUGGCUGGGCGCGGGCGCGGGCCACCCCGUGGGCCUAGCACACCCCCAGUGGCUACCCACGGGAGGAGGCGGCGGCGGCGACUGGGCGGGCGGCCCGCACCUGGAACACGGCAAGGCGGGCGGCGGCGGCACCGGCCGGGCCGACGACGGCGGCGGCGGCGGCGGCGGCGGUUUCCACGCCCGCCUGGUGCACCAAGGGGCGGCCCACGCGGGCGCGGCAUGGGCGCAGGGCGGCACGGCGCACCACCUGGGCCCCGCCAUGUCGCCGUCUCCCGGGAGCGGCGGGGGCCACCAGCCCCAGCCGCUCGGGCUGUACGCUCAGGCGGCCUACCCCGGCGGCGGCGGCGGCGGCCUGGCCGGGAUGCUGGCCGCCGGCGGUGGCGGCGCGGGGCCCGGCCUGCACCACGCGCUGCACGAGGACGGCCACGAGGCGCAGUUGGAGCCGUCGCCGCCGCCGCACCUGAGUGCCCACGGACACGCACACGGACACGCACACGCGGGCGGCCUGCACGCGGCGGCGGCGGCGCACCUGCACCCGGGCGCGGGCGGCGGCGGCGGCUCGUCGGUGGGCGAGCACUCGGACGAGGACGCGCCCAGCUCCGACGACCUGGAGCAGUUCGCCAAGCAGUUCAAGCAGCGGCGCAUCAAGCUGGGCUUCACCCAGGCCGACGUGGGCCUGGCGCUGGGCACGCUCUACGGGAACGUGUUCUCGCAGACCACCAUCUGCCGCUUCGAGGCCCUGCAGCUGAGCUUCAAGAACAUGUGCAAGCUCAAGCCGCUGCUCAACAAGUGGCUGGAGGAGACCGACUCGUCCAGCGGCAGCCCCACCAACCUGGACAAGAUCGCGGCGCAGGGCCGCAAGCGCAAGAAGCGCACGUCCAUCGAGGUGGGGGUCAAGGGCGCGCUCGAGAGCCACUUCCUCAAGUGCCCCAAGCCGUCGGCGCACGAGAUCACCGGCCUGGCCGACAGCCUGCAGCUGGAGAAGGAGGUGGUGCGCGUCUGGUUCUGCAACCGGCGACAGAAGGAGAAGCGCAUGACCCCUGCGGCCGGCGCGGGCCACCCGCCCAUGGACGACGUUUACGCGCCCGGGGAGCUGGGCCCCGGCGGGGGCGGCGCGUCGCCGCCCUCCGCGCCCCCGCCGCCCCCGCCGGCCGCGCUGCACCACCACCACCACCACACACUGCCCGGCUCCGUGCAGUGACCCCGCGGCCCCGGGCCUCCCCCCUCCCCCGCCGGCGCGCACUCAGCCCCGCGUGGCCUGGACUCCUUUUUUUUUGUUGUUGUUGUUGUUGCCGUUGUCGUUUAUCCGGUUGCUUUGGAUUUUACAAAAAGGAAAAAAAGGAUGAAAAAAAAAAAAAAGCCCAGAAACUUUUAAACAGAACCAAACACUCCCCCCCCCCCGGACCGACCUCCCCCCUACGCCCCCGUCUCCGGCGAGCGGCGAAGGGCGCCCAGGAGGGGAGGCUGGGUCCGGCCCGGUCCCCAGGAGAGAGCCGCGAAGAUCCAGAAGGAGCCAGCUCGCUCCGGGCGCCCCCUCCGCCCACCGCCUGCUCCCUGUCCCCAUCCCCUCGACGACCCCCGCCCCUGCCCCCACGGGCUGUUCGGGGCCGGAUCCCGGCAGCGGCCUCCCCACAGCGAAAGGUAACGCGGUGCGGGGUUAGGGAUGCCCAGGAGAACGGACGCAGAGAGAGGGGAGCCCCGGCAGCUCUCCCGGGCGUCCGCGCCCGGCGGCCUGCAGGUCACGGGAGGGGGACCGUCACGCUAGCUCUCCGCGCCUCUUCUCUCGAACCAGGAUGCGCCCCACCCCCCUUACCCUUUCUUCGGGCUUGGUUGUUUUGUUUCUUUUUUUUUUUUUUUCUUUUCUUUUUUGGUUUUUUUUUUUUUUUUCUUUUUACGAUUUUUAUUUAUUCGUGGAGCCUCUCGGCUCCUGGGGUCCUUCUAACUCCGCCCGCGCCCUUAAUUUAAAUCGCUGUAUACUGUAUUUAUCGGGGCCCCGGAGGGGAGGCCGCGAGAGCCGCAUCUGUGUAUAAAAGCAGGAAAUAGCCAAAGCUUUAAUCUAGCCUAAUUUAUUUUCCCUUUCUCUUCCCCGCUCCUUCUUCCAAGAACGCAAAACAAACAAAAAAAAACUAACAAAAAAAAUUUUUGAGUGUUCAUUUUUCGUUUCGUUUCACCCGAGCCCUCCCUCGGCUCGGUUCCUGGCCUAGCGGAGAGGGUCUGCGCUCCCACGCACGCCCGGGUGGGAAGGGGCAUCUCCACCCGCCAGACCGAGCACGCACCGCGGGCCGCUGCUUCCCCGCCGGGCCCUGCCCCUCCUGGCCUUAACGAACGAAACUUAAAAAAGUUGGAACUAUUUUUUAACCAGCUGUAGAAAUAAACCGUUCUCCUAAGAACCUUCCGCCUGUUUCCCCCACAGCUUCCCCCUGUUCUCUUUCGAGCCCCCGCGGGAUGCUGAGGGAACCCUGGAGAUGGAUUCUCCAAACUUGGGGUGAGGUGGGAACCAUGUAAAUAUGUGAGAUAUGUACACACUGGCGGGGGGCAAGAAACGUUUUGUGCUUGGUUUUUAUUUUUUGGUUUUCUGGGUUGUUCUUCCUCCCCACCCUAAAGGGUUUUGUACACCCGACCAAACCGAAAAAGAUAUUUUAAUAUGGUUUCCUGAUUUCCGACCCAUCUCUAUUUAUUUUCUGGAUGUGUUUGGGGCUUCCCCCUUGACUCUUUCUUCAUCUGUUUGUUAAGGUUUGAGCUUAAAAUUUUGUUAUUUUAUUUUUUGUUAUUUUUGAACAAUGUUUUGGUGCAUUCUCUUUGUAUCUUUAUCGCAAAAAAAAUGAUUAAUAAUGUAGACUGGGAAGUUCCCUUUAUAUUUAUGUUAUAGUAAAUAUUUUAUUACUCACAUAAACACAUACCCCAGGGCUGUGUCCUGUUCUCUUUACUGCUAGGGCUGGGCUUAUUUUGCAGGAAGCCGUGAGAUUCCCUUGCCUGGUACCCUCUCCCAAAGCUCUAGACUCAGUGAAAGGCCACUACCAGCCUUCUUCCGGGUCAGUAUCAGGACUGCCUGCCUGUUGCUUGGUCAACAGUUGGGCACCUGGCCCAGGUACACCAGUCUAGAGAAAAUGAAUCACAUCCUGUUCCCAUUGACUUUUAAGACCAGACCAGGGCCUAGGACAGUAAGCCAUUGAUAACACAACAUGGCUGAACCUGGGGUCAGCCAUGCAUCCCCAUCAUUAGCUCACUGUUCUCAGCCGAAGAGGCUCACCUCUUUAUUACCAGCCCUCACUGUUUUCCUCUUGCCUGACACCCCAACCCUUAACUUUGAUUUUUACCUUGCGUUCUACUUACGGUGUCUAAGCCAAGUUUUCAGGUUAUAGCGCAACUGGGAACCUACCUGGUCAGGCUCUUCCAUCCUACCCCGACUGGCUCUCCAUCCAUACAAAUGGUACCCAUGCCCCCCUAGAUACACUGGGCAUCUGGUGAACUCCGGUCCAUUCAGUGGUCCCGCAGAACUAAGUCAGCUUGGGAGUCCUGCUUGUGUGCUCGGGCGAAGCUAGCUCUGCUUUGCAAACAGACAGCCAGUCCCAGCCACUCUUGAGAGAAGUAGGGGCAUAGACUCUGCUGUGGAAAAAGCUUGGCAUAUCUUCUGGGGUAGACACCCAAAAACCACACAGAGGGGAGAGCUGGUGGGAGGGAGGUUGCAGGACUGAGCAGCAGGACCUGAGGGGAAACAUUCAGAAAUGUUCUCAAUUCUUGAGUAGCAGCCUCCCCUGAGAAGGUCCCGAUGCUUGGAGCAGGUCUCAGUCCAGCUCAA